AGGGCGUGGCUAUCGAUUUUCCCGGCGGUGCGCGGAAAGCCGACGCGAAACUUGUGCGACGUAGUGCCGUCCGGCGCCCGCGAGUCCAUUUGCACCGCGGUAUUCGUACGCCGCGCGCCCGUCCGUACACGGCCAAACCCGCGCCGAAAUGAAUCUGCUCCUCGCGUUUUCGCUGCUGUUGCCGGCGAUGACCUACUGCGAUUUCGCGCUGAACGGUAAGUACGCCGCGGCCGCACGCCGAAACGUCGUCGGCGCCGCGAUAAUUCGCGCGACGCCUCGGAACCGCUGUCGCGGCGUCGUCGCGGGUCGCGAGCACGCGGCAAAACACCGACGCGUCGGUCACUCCGUCCGACGCGUUUGCCCGAUAAACUCACGCCCGUGCACGCCAAUGGUUUUCCAAUGCGAUUCAGCGGCCGAAUCACCGCCGCAGAGCGGAGCCGUUGAUUACGGCCGUAUUUUCAGUAGGUCCGUUCGUUUUUUCCGCACGUCUAUUUGUUCGAGUACGCGUACGCUCCGGGUAGCCUGGCCGUAUAACAUACGGCACCGCGUGUUUGUCGCAGUGCAAAUCUCGACGGAGAAAAAACAAAAAAAUGAUUUCUCGUACACGUUUGCAUCUUUACAUCUUAUCGUUACACCGUACAGAGUGUACUUUACUGCGUUAUAUUUAACAAUCGUUUAUUAAGAUUGUGAUAUAUUUUUUUUUUUUUAUCAAUUUGACGUCGUGACCGCAAUGCGUUAUUAUAAUACAUGCGAUUUUGUCUACCCAGCCGCCAAUACAAACACGUAACAUAUUCUUUAGAUACCCGAAAAAAAUAAAAAUAAUAAUAACUAAAAAUACCUAUUGUUGAAAUUCGCGCACAGCGAAUUAAAAUUUGUUACGUAAUAACGAUUUGUUUUGCCGGGUGGAAAAAAAAAAAUCGAUAAAUGCAUUUUCCUUUGGGGACGGUGAAACCUUAUCUCAGCGGUUGCGGUGUUAUUAUAUAGUGUAUAUAUAUAUAUGUAUAUAUGUUAGGGUGGUCCUCUAUUAUAUGUAUGAAAAAGAAAAUAACCAAAUUUUUCAAAUUACUCCCCCCCCCCUAAUAAGUUCCAUUACUAAAAAUAACGAUACGAAUAAAGUUUUAGACAAAUCGAAUAAAUUUAACCCGUGCCACAACAGCUCUGAAGUUACAAAUGCAGAAAAUUUUAUGUAAUAUAAUAGAACCCCGGCGUGUGCUAAAAACGUGCGUUUCGUAACCGCAAAACCGUACGAGUAACGACGUCGAACUCGCGUGUCCCGAAAGUUUGUAAUAACAACACCAUGGAUAUUCGAGCGUGUUUGUUUUGUUUUUUUCCCCGCAUAGUUUUGAUUUUACACUGUUGUAAUUGUUUCGAUAUCGUUUUAAGAGCUUCCAAUCGAUUUUAGUGUGCAAAUUAUUUAAAAAAAAAAAAAAAAAAAAACAAUCUCGAGAAUCUUUUUAUCGUUUUUCAAUAAGGGUUUGAAAAAAAGGUUUUUCUAUAACUGUUUAAUGGUUCGAAAUGCUUACGCUCAUAAUAUUAUCAUUAUUGAUAUCGUGUUAUACACAAAUAAAUUAAAACAAAAAAAAACAAAACAAAAACCAAUAAAUAAUAAAAAAUGUAUAAUACAUACAAUUUGGCUUUCUACUUGUUUUCUAACGUUUUUCUUCACGUCAUACGUUUUCGUUUUGCUUGAACGGACGAAAUCAAAAUAUCGACGUACGUAAUAUGUUUGUAUUGGCACGUUUUAUUUUCACGCGUUUGUGUUUUAGAGUUUAGACUAUUUUGUGUUAUCAAUAACUAAUAUGUUUGCAUUUUUUUUUUUUUUUUUUUGUUCAAUUUUCAGAUACCAAGUUCGAAGGAAAUCCAUAUAAAAAACAUUUGCUGGACGAUCUGCUGAGCAACUACAAUCGGUUGAUCAGACCCGUCCAAAAUCAUUCGGAGAACUUGACCGUAUGGAUGGGUUUGAAACUUACUCAGUUAACCGAAAUGGUAUGAUCGACGGUCUGUACUGGUGAUCUGCGCGUACAAUAAUAAUCGUGCGGGUUAUUUUUUCUUUUAGAAUCUCAAGAGUCAAGUGAUGACCACCAGCGUCUGGCUGAUCCAGAAAUGGUUCGAUUGCAAUUUGAAAUGGGACCCGAAAAAUUACGGCGGCCUAGAAGUGUUGUACGUGCCGUCGGAUCACAUUUGGUUGCCGGACAUUGUUCUGUUUAACAAGUAAUGCGAAACCGACGCGAUUAAUAAACCCGCGUUUUAUAUUUUGUAUGGAAAUACCAAAGUUCACCGAAGAAGAAAAAAAAGAAUAUCUUAAAAAAAUAACAGUACGUUCACGUGUUCUCGUCUUUCGCGUGUUGCGUAUAUGAAUCUUCGUCACGAACCGACAACCGUUCCAGUUCGGUUUUUUUCGUUUUUCGUUUUUUUUUUUUUACUUUUUCACUACACGUAAACUAUGUUGGAAAUAUUGUCGCCAAGCAGGGCGGGGCCGUCCCCUAGGUUUUUUUUGAGGCCCAGGGCGAAGUUUAAAACAUUUUCGUUUUUUUUUUUUUUCAUUAAAUUAUAAUAAGUGAAAACCGCGAGGUCCGGGCCCGGGCUCUGUACACCCCCUCCCCCAUAAGGACGGCCUUGUCGCCGGAGAAUGUCUAUAAUAUUACUUAAGUACCACUAAAGCCACAGUGCUUCGGAAAUCAUGCCGUGUCUUUGUUGCGUUGUUCGCGUACUUUGUGACUGCGUAAGCCACCGACCCCCUUCUUUUGAUUUUAAAAUAAGUCCUACGGCUUUGUAUUCUAUUGUGCAACGAGUAUUUCCUCGUUUGCGUGAUUUUGUAAAAUUUUCAAUGUCGGCUGGGCGCGGGACCAUAGAAAUCCACGAGUGUCUACACGAAGCUGUAAAACGUUUCAAGAGUUUGAAUUGUUGAAAUUGCAGAGGGUUCAGAACCCUCCGUCCAGAACCGCGAUGAAGUUUCAUUUUGUUUUAUUUUUUGUCGAGUUUAGGUUUACACAAGUCCGGAACGCCGUCAAUAAUAAAUUGUUAAUUUUUUUUGAAUUUUCGGUACUUACGCGUAGGAACGUAUAUUUUUCUUCCGGCGAACGUUAUUCUCUGAAAUCUGCAUUCAAUUUAUCGGUAGUUUUAAUGGGACUUAAAUCGGGUAUCUGUGUAUUUCCAAUUGUUUUCGUCUCGGCGCGGAAUGCGUAUUUACAAUAUUCGUUUCGUUUGCCCUUGGAAUUGUUUUCGUCUAGCGAGAACUAUUAACGCGUGGAUUAUAAUACGCGCGGGGGAAACGUAUUUUUACGCCAUUAAAAAUUCGUUCAGACACGAAUAAUACAAUAUUAUUAUCAUCGUCGGAUGCGAUAAUAGCAGGAAUAUUAUGUUUUUUUUUUUUUUUUUCAAACGGCGGCUUACAGAAUAAUCUUAGUGGGCGCCGGUUAUACAUUUAUUUUUUUUUUAAAUUGUACAUUUUUAGUGUUACCGAAUUCGUUCCAAUACGUUUAAAAAUAGAAUCUGUAAAAUUUCACCCUGGAUCGGAUCUUAUAAUAUUUUACUAACAGAGCGCGCUUCGAACUCGUAGAGCCUUCUGAAAACGGGAAAAAUUCGAGUUUUCGUCGUGUCUAUACUUUUUUUUACAUUUUUAAAAUCACGAAAACUCGUAUAGCGGAAUCUUAAUUGUUGAACCGAGAACAAAUUGUCUCUUCGCAUUUGUUCGUAAAGUUAACCGUCGUUUAACAAAUCAAAUAAACUGUAAUCGGCAUACCACGGGUCAUAGCUUUUUACGAAAAUUGCUCGGUUUUCAGUUUUUAUGCGAUUUAAAAUUCUAUUUGAGUAUACAGAUAUAAAAGCAAAUAGCUGAUAAAGUGAUAACUGUUAUUGCCGUAUAAUGUAAAUUUCCAAAAAACCAAAAAGGUACCUAUUUACAGUUUUAAUUUUUUUUUUUUUUUUAAAUUCACGAUUAACACGCAUGAUGAAUCUAAAAAAAAACUCUUCAUCGUGCGCUUAUAGUCCGAGUGAGAAACUUGUCCGAAUAUUAUUCUUACGCAACACAAAUUUACUCGCGGUUACGUGUAUACGGUUUUCCUGCUUUGGAGAACGAGUAAACUAUUAACGUCGAUUUAUCGCACUGCCACAGUGGCGAAACCAGGUGGGCGGGGGGUCCGGAUCCGGACUCUUCCUCCUCCUUAUAAAUUCUGCCGAAUACAUUCUAAAUACCUAUGCGUAAAAAUAAAAAAAAUUGUUAAUUUAUUCUGAAAUUUAAGAGGGGGAGGGGAAGUCUUUUGCCCUUCCUGAAAAUAUACUUGUUACACCGAGACUGCAUCGCGGUAAUCACGUAUAAUGUUAUAAUGAUAUUCAGAUGUAAAAAAAAAAAUAAUUGAAAAAUUAAACAAUUACGACGAAACGAUGCGUUAGGAAAUAAAAAUAAAAUAAAUAUUUGUUACCUAUUAUUCCUACAACUAUACGUUACAGGGCGUGAUUUGACAAUUUCUUAUACAGAGUGUUUCACGGUGAUAUAACCAUUGAAAUAUUUCUUGAGAUAAUAAAGAUAAUCAAAUUCUGUUUUUUUUUUAUUAUUAUUAUUGUUCACUAAGAAAAGGACUACAAAAUAUAUUUAUAUUUGAAUUAAAUUUUUAUGUUUUGGUAAAAAAACUAAAUAAACAACUAUUUAUUUUAUUAUACUCGAAAAAUAUGAAGAUAACCGUUUUAUAGAGCUUAUUAGUAAUCUGAAAAUCUUAACGUUUCAAUUUAUUUCUUUCAUUAAAUUCGUGACUUUUAAUAGUUUUUAAAAUGUACAGAAAAGUAUCUUAUUAUCGUGCAGCAGGCUGUAAUCGUACUCGCUAAUUGCUUAUUAUUAUUAUGGCUAAUAAUUAACUAUACAUUUUUUUUAUCUGAACUAUAAAAUAAUAUUGAGUAUCACGAAUUUAAUGAGAAUAAAAAGUUGAAACGUCAAAAUGUUCAGAGUAAUAAACUCUACUAAUGGCUAACGUCGAAUUUGUCGAAAAUAAUAAAAUACAAAGUUAUUUUUUUGGUUUUUUUUUUUUUACCAAAACAUACAAUAUUUUAAUUUAAAUAUAGAUAUUCGUAGUGAUGUAGUCCUAAUCCCUGCGAGUAAUCUGAAACAAAAACCUAACAUUUUUAUUAUCUUUAUUAUCUCCGGAGAUAUUAUUACAAUGGGUAUAUUUUCGGAAGACAUCCAGUAUGUAUUUGCACAUAGGAAUAACAUGUAAAAUAUUGUAGACGCACAGUAGUAAAUCCAAGUGAAAUAAACGAAAUAAUGAACGAAUCAUAAACACAAUAAUACCACUUACGUGUCAUAAUAAUCGAGCGUACUCGCCUGUUUUGCGCAGUGCCGACGGAAACUACGAAGUGACUCUGAUGACAAAAGCGGUGCUCAAGUACACAGGCGAAGUGUUGUGGUCGCCGCCGGCCAUUUACAAAUCGUACUGCGAAAUCAACGUUCUGUACUUUCCGUUCGACGAGCAAAACUGUUACAUGAUGUUCGGUUCGUGGACUUACAACGGACUUCAGGUAAACGUCUAUAUACUCGUUGCACAUGUUGCAAUCCGAUUCGAAAUGACAUUUUUUCGAACCCCGCGCAGGUAGACCUCAGGCAUAUCGACCAGUCACAAGGCAGGAACCGCGUGGACGUGGGCAUCGACCUGUCCGAAUUCUAUCUGUCCGUCGAAUGGGACUUACUCGAAGUGCCCGCCAUCAGGAACGAGGAAUACUAUUCCUGUUGCAACGAACCCUACACCGGUGAGUUGACACCAUUGCGGUUUUUUACAUAAUUUUUUCAAUUUUCGCAUAAUAAACUUACCGCAAGCCGUUUAAUAGGCCGGCCAAGUAGCGCAAUUCUGUAGAUUUUUUCCGCGACGGGAGAAUUUUCGGAUUUUCACAGAUACGUUUUUUUUUUCUGUCCGUAUAAAAUUCUUCUACCGGAAAUCCCGUUCUGGUUUUUAAGCAUAGCGUUUUUUCUAGAAACAAAAGUAAUUUAUUUGGUGUACCGAGAAGAUCAUUUUUUGAUUUUAUUUGUAGUUUUCUUUGUAUAAUUGGGGAAAAAAAAAUAUAGGGAAAACGGGAAUAUACGUUAGUACGGCAAUCACGGUUUCAAUAUGUUGGAUAGGUUAAAAAUAAUCUUAGAAACCUGAAAUAUCCACAGAAUACUUAUACUAUCUUCUAGACGUUGAAACAAUUUCCGAAACACGUUUCGAUUUUUGAACUAUUCAUAGGAAUUAGAUAUAUUCGAGUUUUUCGAUUCUACUCGGAUAAAACUGUUUGUCUCAGCCUGAAUGUUUGAAAACGUAUCAUAAGGUUCAUUAUAUUAAAUUGCACUUGAUAGGAAAAUAAAGUUAAACAUAAUGUAGUAGUUUUUUUUUUUUUGUAUGCAUUUUAAGUUCAAAUAUUGACGAAAAUCGUAAUAAUCACGGCAUUUCAAAAUACACAAUAACAUGUAUAAUUGAACACCGUUCAAAAUCGUAUUUCGUUAGCAAUGGUUUAUAAUGUUGCUCACAGAUUAGUGACGGACAUUACCGAAUAGUUCGAAUAAUUUGAGUAGUAUUGUUUAUCGACAGUGUUUUUCAGGUGUUCGUAUCGUACGUACAUAUUAUAGUUCAUCCACGGUACACAAGAAUGUGAUAAGUUCCCCGAUACAAAGCGAGGAGGUACGUGAUUCAUUAAUGCGAAGCUCGUUUUGUAUCCUGUAUAUCCAUUAUCCACGAAUAACAUUAGUCGGUUAUUAGUGACCGAAUACAUUUUAUGCCCAAAUAGUUUUUUAACGAUCGAAAUUAUACUGAACAAAUUGAAUAACCAAAUAGUUUUUGACUGGGUAUCGUAUAAUAUUUAAACUAUCGAAUAAUUUUUCGACUACCGAAUAAUUUUUCCAUUAUCGAAUAGUUCGAAUUAACUAUCUAGUAGUUCGGUAAUGAAUAACCUCCGAACACUUCACUAGUGACUAUUCGGUAGUAUCUAUCACUAGGUAUUUAUAGUCUUAUACUAUAAAAUGUAAAUAUAAAAUGAAAUAAUUCUACAUAUCUUGCACACCCAUCAGCAGUGUCAGUGUUUUUUUUUUUACAAAAUAGAAAUUGCGUAUCAUUUUCUCUCUCAAGCCGCCGUCGCCAAUCCACUGAUUGCGCUUAUGAUAACGCAUCAAAAAUUUUAAUUUACGAAUAAUUUUCACGCAAUCUAUUUGCUAAAGCGGAUGACAGAAAUGGUCAAGACGAAUUCCAGCGUACACAGUUGUAUCAAUAAUAUUUUAUUGAACACGGCCCGCGUGCGUUUUGUAUCGUGUAUACUUAUGUGGCGGAGUGAUUAAUGUGAAAAAACAACUUUCGUUGUCGGGAAAGACGGGAGUAGGUUGAAGCACUGUGUUUUAUGAUUUUUGAACAUUAGCCAAUUGCCCUCAAAAGGAUAGUAUUCGAAUAUUAUAAUAAUAUCCAUUUGAUUCGUGGAAUUUCGCCGUGAUAGCAAUCGACACGUGUAAACGGGCAAACUGUUUUCGUGAUACGAGUAUUUUGUCAUAGCGUAUUAUAAUAUUGUAAUAGUGCAAUUCGUGAUGAAAUAUCGACGUUUUCAACGCGCGAUAACGUUGUACUGCCUUUAUAAACGGUGUUUUUAAUUUUUUAACGAAGAAAUAUAGGUACUUAAACCAUAUUAUAUCGUUAUAUUUUCGGUCCUAGGGACUCCUUUUUUGGCUUAAGUCAAUUUUCGGUUUUUUUUUUUUUUUUAGUAUUGUCUAAUGCAAAUUUCGCGUCUUUAUUUUUCGCUGCGUAAAUUGCGUAAGUGUAUGAACUCGAAACUCGGUGUAAUGUAAUGUAUUCGUUCGUGUAAAAAUAUAUUGUAUUUUCAAAAUGCAGUUUGCGCGUACGAAAACCACGGAAAAUCGAUUUCAGCCCUUCUUUCUCGGGACCGACGGUUUAUUCGUCGGUAUUUUAUCGUAUUGUAGACUUGCAGUAGGCAGGUAUUUUGUUUUGUUCACUUUUCGAACAAUUUUUCACGAGGUCAAUGUGUUUCACUGCGAUGCGAACAAUGUAGAAUAAUAAUAAUUAUUAUUGUUCCAACGCAUUGCGAACGUUAUCGAAACGAACGCGAUUUUCAUGACGUCCUAAUUUUAGUAUAACAUUUUAUGAGUCGAUUAUAUUAUUACGUAUGCCCACUGCAAAUGCGUCAAAACCGAUAAGUAAAACACGGUUUUUAACCGGACGUGUUUCAUUAGAAAAAAUAUUAAAAAUCAUAAUACAAUCGUUUUCGGCAUUAACUUAUAUUGGAUUGUGUAUUCGUGUACUAUUAUCGUUAAUAAAUACUUGGAAAUUGACCGGCCGCUAGAUAUCUAUAAUACGUCUAAAUAAUAUGCCGCAUAUUUGUUCGUCUGCUAAGUACGCACAUUUUCAAAAUGUCGGUUUAAAAAAAUCGGCAGUAUACGAAAAACGUUUCUGAUAUAGCUGUACAGGAGAAAUAUAAUAACAUGUUAUGCCGCUGUUAUUAUUUAUCGUCACAUUUUUUUUUUUUUUUUCAGUUUUUCGCCAUUACAAUAACAUAAAUUAUAUAAUAAUUUAGGCCGAUCAUUUCCCAACAGGAUUUUAUAUUGUUUUUGUGUUGCUUGCGGCGAUGUUCAAAACACAAAAUAAUAAUUACGGUAUUUCCCGAAUUAUAUAUAUGAGACGUUGUUAGUGUAAACGUACCUACCACCUAUACUGAAAAUAAUCGACAGCUCAUACGUAUUUACAAUGUUAAAAAAAUCGAAACUAAAAACCAUGCUGAAUAUGUGUGUAUUUCAGUAACCACUAUUUGCGGACAAAUUAAAAACAAAAACGUACAAAUAGCAUUUAGAAUUAAUUGUCUUUUUGAUCAAACCGUAAACACGCCGAAACUGUAGGUUUUUAUUGAUUUGCCGUAUACACCACUAUUAUUUUAUUAGUUUUUUUAAGAAAUUAAAAAAAAAAAAACUCAAAUCGAAUUGGCAUUCUAUUGUUACAGACAUAACGUUCAACAUAAAAAUGCGACGUAAAACUCUAUUCUACACCGUUAAUCUGAUCAUCCCGUGCGUCGGGUUGACGUUCAUGACGGUCCUGGUGUUCUAUUUGCCUUCGGACUCCGGUGAAAAGGUACGCAGAUAUGAGUACACUGCAGAAUGAAGAGAAUGCUCGAAUUUUUAAUGACCUAGUGGUGAUGUGACCUUUACAGUAAAUUAUUGUUAACGCAGGUGACCUUGUGCAGUAACAUACUCGUGUCGUUGACCGUGUUCUUCUUGCUGCUGGCCGAGAUCAUCCCUCCGACGUCCCUGGCCGUACCGUUGCUCGGCAAGUAUCUGCUGUUCACCAUGGUCCUGGUUUCAAUGUCGAUCGGCAUGACCGUGGUCGUGUUAAACAUCCAUUUCCGGUGAGCUAUUCAUACACGACCCAGACCACGAAAACACAAUAAUAAUUAAUAGGUACCUAAACAACAAUCGUUUGUGUUACAAGGUCGCCGUCCACCCACACCUUAUCGCCGUGGGUCCGGACCGUGUUUCUGCACAUGAUGCCGCAAAUACUGAUGAUGCGCCGGCCGCCGUAUUCGUUGAUGACCAACGACGGUUUCCAAACUUCGCCGGGUUACUUCAACGAUCUAGACUACAGGUGUGGGAGUUUGGUAUUGAGAUUAGGAGAGCUUCCGAUAAUUACAGGCCCGGGAUUUCAAUGCAGAGUAUAAUAAUAAUUAUGCACAUUCGUUUCGUUUUUUUUUUUUUUACUGUUCAUAGUUCGAUUCGAGUAUACGCAUAACGGAUACUUUGGAGUUUUCCUUCGCGUUUUUAGCAAAGUUCAACGAUUUAACCUGACAAUUUAGUCCCGGGGAUAAGGGCUUUAGUCAAUUUUGUAUUGUUUUCAAUACACGUGAAUUCAAUAUUAAAAAUAUUUUAAAUUUUCCGCUAUUUUUCUAUAUAUAGAACAUUUUUUAUUGUUUUAGUAUGUCUAGGUUAUUUUUAUUAACUUGUAGCGCGUAUUUUUUACCUAAUUUUAGGCGUUUAUCAGCGCUCAAUUAUAAGCGAACCAAAAUAUUAUCUCGAAAAAUUCUGUUUUCGUAAUAUUUCCCGUUAGUCCGUGCCAAUUGCGGUCAAUUACUGUUCUAUUUAUGUUAAUGUUUUUGCGUAUUUCAAUCCGAUAAUAACAGACACUAUUUGAAAUUAAAACGUUUUGCACAUUUAGCUGUUUUUCCGGUAUUUUCGGGUAACUUUUUGACAGCGUUAUAAUUCCGGGACAAAGUGUAUUUAUUAUUAUUAUUAUUAUUAUUAUUUUUUUUCUAUGGAAAUUGUAUACGAAAUUAAGUUAUAUACAAACGUUACUUACACCUGUAAUAUGUUACAGCCGAGACAGCAUUAGCGAUAGCGGUGGCACUGACCAGAAACCUUCAUCUUUGACCCAGAGACACUGGUCCUUCAAAAAGAUACAGUCGGUACAACCGCACAAUUAUCGUAAGUACCGAUCUUAUGAUAUUAUUAUUGUUUUUUUUCCCUCCUUCUAUAGCAUUUUUUUUUUUUUUAAAUAAAUAAAUAAAUAACAAUAUUAAACAACUCAAUUAAUUAUAUCUACGAAACGUAAAAUUGAAUAUAAUCGGUUUUAAUUUUGUUCGUUAUUAUAUUAUCUGCAAGUAUAUAAAGGUUAUAGAAAAAAAAAAAAAAAAAUAACUAUACCUAAGUAUAUAUAUAUAAUUUGUUCGUGACAAGCAAAAAAGCUUCGAUAAUGUAUCUAUUAUAUAAUAUAUAAUAAUGUAUCCACAUACUAUCGUAAUAAUAAUAAUUACUAUAAUAAAUAACGAAAAGAAAAAAAUUAAAAAAAAUUACCUAUUCCGUUUGUCUAUAGCGGAGAAUGUAAUGCCAAAGACAAUGUCACCAGAUUUACUCAAGGCUUUGCAAGGGGUCUGUUAUAUUGCUCAACACAUCAAAGACGCGGACAAAGACAAAGAGGUAAUAUUAAGUUUUACCGAAUACAAUGAAAUUAAUAUCGUUGUACGUUAUUUUUUUUUUAAAUCAUAAUGUUUAUCUCAAUAAGUAUAUUUAAAUUAAAUAAUAAUAUUCAAACAGGUUAAAUUAUUUAUUUCGUUAAACUUCCGUGCCUUAUCUAUACGUGAGCAUUUACUCGUAUAAAAUAUUAUGAACGCACGCGAUAAAACAAAUUAUCUAUUUUUUUUUUUUUUUUUUUUUUUUUGGGGGAUUAUGAUAUCGGAAAAAGUUUUUGCGAAAAUAGAUUUUACGUCAUGGUUUUAAUAUUAUGACAUCACUGCAUUAUGUAUAACGCGUCGAGAAUGAAAUGUAUGGAAUAUAAUCGCCGCCGCUAUCAGUGUUAUGACGUCGCGCGUCGUGUUGUGACAUAAAAUGUAUUAUCGGUUACGUUUCCGAAAUUCGCUCGAGACGUGCGAAAAAACGAAAUGUCAUAUCGAUUUACUAUGCAGUAACAAACGCGAAAAAAAUCAUAAUCGUAUAACCACUCCGACCAUAUUGUUAUUGUAAUACAAAUAACUCGGGCUGCAUUUAAUUGUUUAAAUAGCGAGAUUGUCCGGUCGAGGGGGGAGGGGGAGGGGGGAAACAACAACAACAACAUAGGUAACGAAUAAGUGACUCAUGAAAUAAUAUUAUUAUCACCUAGACGCCCGGUAAAUAAAAAAAGGCGCAUUAAUCGUGUACUUUCGUACCUUUAAUAAAAGUACGAUAUAUCCACUUAUACGGUGUGAUUUUUUUUUUCUCAUAACUAUUAUGCAUCACCACCAUCAACAUAACGUGAGACGUCAAUUACCCCGGAAAGCAUUGACUUUUUUGGAAUUUAAUUUUUAGGACAUUUAAGAAAUGAGAAGCUUUACAAUUUUACAUAAUUAUUUUUUUUCACCAUUAAGGGGUGAAAACUUAAUCUAUGUGUUAUAAUAAUAUCUAAUUAUUAUAUAAAAAUACGCCACUGUUUACAAUAUUAAUCUGUACACUGUUCGCUCAGACCGAUUUUUGAUUUUCAAAUAGCCGCAUCCCCUCCCCCAGGUCUUCAAUAUGCGUAUUGUAUAGCAGUGUAUUGUAUUGAUAAACUGAAAGCCUAAACAAUUCGAUAAUUAUCGAAAACAAAAACAGCGAUCAACUUCAAUUUAAAAUUCUCCGAAAAAGUAGCUAUUGUACAUAUAUAUUUUUUUAUAAUCUUUCAUUAUGGCUAAGCGAAUUUAAAAUCCUUUCUAUUCCAGAUAACAAUUGUGUUGCAAAUUUUUAAAAAUAAUGUUGAACAUUUAUUAAAUAUUGAUUUAAGAUUGACUUCUCAAUAUUCUAAUAUAAACAAUUAUAUAGCCUUUAAUGAGUAUUAUUUUUUUUUUCACACAAAAUAUGUUCAAUGUUCAAUCAAUGUUUACGGAGUAUUAAUUUUAGUUAGAAGUAUAAACAUUGAUUCAUCCACAUUCAUUGAAAAUAUGUCGAUGGUUUGAAAUAUAACAUUCAUUUUUAAGCGAUUUGUGAAUAUGUAUUCUAUAUAAAUGUAUAUAUUAAAUAAUAUAUAAUAUAUUUCAUAUCGGAUUACAUUUCAUUUCAUGUUUAUUAUAAUAUAUUAAGUGAACAUUUAUUCCAUUGAUAUCAAUUCAAAAUAUUAUCAAUAUUCAAGAUUAAACAUUGUCUACAUUUUUAUAAUGUUUAUUUAAUAUUUGCAUAUUAUGUGGAAUAUAAUGUGCACGAUGCCUAUAUAUAUAACCAAAACAUUGUUUCAUUUUUUUUCUUCGGUCAUUCCUUUAAAAAUUGCCUAUAUUAAUGAUUAUAUCUGCGCGUAAAUGUGUAAAAACAGUUUAAAAACAAAAUUCAAUCGUUUCCCAUCUACUCUCAUUUUUAUUGCACACGUAUUACACUUUAUCGCGUACCCGGUGUUAUACAAUAAAAUAUCAUUGAUGUAUAAUUGUUCUCCCAUGUAGAACUAUUACUACUUUUCGUUUUAACAAUGCUAAUUCCGUUGUGUUUUUUUUUUUUUUUUUGUAUUCUACAAAACACAUCGAAUCAGGUGAUCGAAGACUGGAAAUACGUGUCGAUGGUGUUCGAUCGGUUUUUCCUGUGGGUGUUUACGCUGGCUUGCAUCGUGGGCACGUGCGCCAUCAUUUUCCAGGCGCCGUCGCUGUACGACCAGAGGCAGCCCAUCGACUUCCAGCUGUCCUCCAUACCCCGGCGCCGGAGUAACUUGGCCCUGCCGCACGAGAUCGACUUUUACGAGCGCACCUACGGCUCCGGCUAAGCGACUGGUCACUAAACCUAACCUAACUUAACCUAACCUUUAUAUAUAUACAUAUAUAUAUGUGUGUGUAUACCCGUACCGGUGUUUAUCACGUCGAUACGCGGGGCUUGCCCUUCAAAUUAACGCGUGCAUAACAUAAAUAUUACCGUAUGCUAUACACUGCAACACUAGUUUACCGCCGCCAUUAUUUUAUCUCCCUCCCACUCCCCCCACCACGAUUUCUGCGUAUUAUUUAAACCCGUGAAUCGAAAUUGUAAGUAGGUAACGCGCAUUCCCGUCUAUAUGACGCGCGUUGAAACGCGCGAGACGUACUGGCCGUAUAUCGAUUCAAUUGUAGCGCGUCAAUGUAUAUUAUUGGUCCGGCAGCCGAAUUAUCGGCUGUAACGUAUUAACGCGGUAGUUACCCAUAAUAUUAUUGACAUUGUAACUGUAACACGGUAUUAUUUAUAUUGAGUACUCGUAGGUAUCUAGAGGCCUGCAGGUUACAACUAUCAGAGUAACCACGUCCGAGGUCCACGAAAAUGAUCGUGUACGAGAUUAAAUUUUACCGAAUAUUAAUAAUAAUAAUAAUAAAAAAAAAAUAAUAGUAAAUAGAUUUCAGUGAUUGGUUCCACGACGACAGUAGUCGUGGAGCUGUAGUCGUACCGGAAUCGUGUGGAAUAUUGCAGCUCUUUUUAUCUGCCAUAACCACUAAGUAUAGGUAUUUAUAUUAUGCCUGUACUCGCAUUACUACUGGAUUUUCACCCAAACCGGUUAUCAAACUGAAAAUAUACAUUGAACAUUCGUCGUUCAACUAUGGACGUGAAAAUGAAAUAUUGACAAAUCAAAAUUUAUUAGCGCGAUCAAGUAUCGUAUUGUCGCUUCCAAGUGAUUAUAAUUUCCGUUGGUGGUAAACGCGAGUGGCUCUUCGUACGAAAACGUUUUGAUGCACGCGCGCCGGUCGCGCGGAUCGGACGAGUCGACUCGUACGGGUAGUCCGCGCCAGUAUGGUCCGUGGACCGCACGUUACUCGGCGACUGUUUACGUUUCCAGAACCGCAGCCGUGUCACGAACCCCGGACGUGAUUACUCUGACAGGUGUAAACCGACCUUUAGCAUAAAUAGACAAUAAUACGCGUGAAUACGCGCGAAAAAAGAAUAUAUCGGGCGGUGAGCGCGGGCCGCAGUCGUUUGUUGAUUUGUCGACCACCGACGACGCGGUGUUUGGACGGCACGUCCAACAGUUUUAUUGUAUUUACUCAAAAAGUCGAAACUCGUACGUUUGUUUUGAAUUGUUUUUUUCUCCGUCAUUUUUAUAUAGGUAUACGUAGAAAUUUAAAAAAUAUAACAUGCAUUAAGACGGACGAUAAUAAUUGAUUAGCGACAGUUAAUAAAGUAACGUAUUUAUAAAUCAACGGGG